GGCAGCACAGAGGGGUGGAGUCCAGUCCCACAGCCAGGUGCGGCACUUUAAUGCUUCAGUUGGAUGGUUUUCCUACUGGAGACGGUGUUAAGGCUGAUCGAUCGGCUGGCAGACUGACUGGAUCCAUGAUGGAACUACAGACGUUACAGGAGGCUCUGAAGGUGGAGAUCCAGAUCCAUCAGAAACUGGUUGCCCAGAUGAAGCAGGACCCUCAGAACGCAGAUCUGAAGAAGCAGCUCCACGAACUUCAGGCAAAGAUCACAGCGCUCAGUGAGAAACAGAAAAAGGCGGUGGAGCAGUUGAGGAAGGAGCUGUUGGUGAAACAGGAGCCCGAGGCGAAGCUGCAGCUGCACGUCCAAACUCCUCCAGCAGGCGGCGACAUAAAGCCGACCAACCUGCUGCAGAGCCAGCAGAUACCUGGAGGACUGCAGCAGACCCUGACAGUCACGCCGGUCCUCACCACGAAGACUCUACCUCUGGUGCUGAAAGCUGCCGCCACGCCCGCCCUGCCCGGCUCUGUCCUGCCGCAACGCCCGCCUGCUGUCGCUAUGGUAACCACAGCUAUCACCAAACCCGACUCGCAGAACGCCCCCAUCAACCUGCAGGUGGCCAGCAAGCUGACCAAUCAGAGCUCGGAGCCCGUGCGACUGGUGACCAAGAACGCCAUGGUGGUGCAGGCCACCACCACCGCCCAGCCAAUCAAAGUUCCUCAGUUUGUCCCUCCUCCUAGACUGACGCCUCGACCCACCUUUCAGCCACAGAGCCUCACCCCGACCUCCCCCUCCAGCCCCGUCCAUCCCCUCCCCCUGCCCAGCCCCAGCUCUGGGGAUGGAGACAUCCAUGAGGAUUUCUGCACUGUGUGCAGACGCAGUGGCCAGUUGCUCAUGUGCGACACGUGUUCUCGUGUUUAUCACCUCGACUGCCUGGAUCCACCCCUGAAAACCAUUCCUAAAGGCAUGUGGAUCUGUCCAAAAUGUCAAGAUCAGAUCCUGAAAAAAGAAGAAGCCAUUCCCUGGCCUGGUACUCUGGCUAUUGUUCAUUCCUACAUCGCUUACAAAGAAGCUAAAGAAGAGGAGAAACAGAAGCUGAUGAAAUGGAGUUCUGAACUGAAAGUGGAGCGAGAGCAGCUGGAACAGAGAGUCAAACAGCUCAGCAACUCCAUAACGAAAUGCAUGGAGACCAAAAACACCAUCCUGGCUCGUCAGAAAGAGAUGCAGCUUUCCCUGGAAAAAGUCAAACACCUGAUUCGCCUCAUCCAAGCCUUCAAUUUCAACCAAGCUCUGGCAGAGACAGAGGGUAAAGACGUCAGUGCCAGAGUCCAGGACAGUGCUGAAGUUGCAGUCGGCUCUGAAGCUGCGCCAGAGGCUAACUCUGUAGAGAGCGUGAAGGCUGGGAGCUCCUCAGCCAGCAGCAACACCGAUGGAAACAACAAACCAGAGGAGCACGGAGCCGCAGGGAACAACCAGACAACAGGAGCAGCAGGAGGAGACACCGACAGCCAGCCUGUCCCUGAAGACAGCGCUGUCCUAACAGCAGAUAACAGCCCCAGUGUAGGGGCAGGCGGUAAGGUGGAGCCUGUUGACGGGGCAGUGGCGGGGGGAGGGGGUGACACAGGGACUGGUGUCCAGGCGGAGGUUGUGGCCAAGCCUGAGACUGAGGCAGCUCCGGUGGUUGACAUUCCCACUUCCUCAGUGGUCGCGACUGUUGCCACCACCAACGGUACAGCCGAACCGGCCUGCCCUGAUCACAGCCCCGCAGGAGGCUGCGCCACCAACGCCACCACCAACUCUGAGAACAAGAUGGCUGCCGCCAACCCUCCUCCAGAGACAGCAGUGGAGAAGAAACAGGAGGAGAUCUCUAACAGUGACGGCAGCAACAACAACAACAACAGCAAAACCUCAGAACCCUCCCAGCAUUCUUUGCCAGCUCUUGUCAGCAGUUUGGACAAUAAAAAGUAAUGCUAUGUCUCUUGAGUUGCGGGAAUUCAAACAUAUAUAUUAAAAAAAAGACUUUUGCUUGCACCGUACGGUGCCCUGAAGUUGCCAAUCUGUAUAAAUGUUGUUUGUUUGCAUUGUAUUGUCAGACUGUGUCAAUGGUAGAUAUACAGCCCAAGUCACAUGGCUCUGGGAAGACGUAGGCUGUUCCACCCACAGAGCUGGGGUAUAGGAAGGCUUACGAACCAGUGUCAUCAUGCCAAUUAGUGAUAGACGUCAGUGGUGGGAAUGCUCAAAGGGAGAUUUAAUCCAUCAUCACACCAGUGUGUGCCUGUUAUAGUGGCCCCUGUGUUCUCUUGUGGGGUGGGGAGAUGGGUUCGCAUGGGUAUGGAGAAAACCGAGAACCAAACAUCUGUCAGGGGUUACUGGUCUAAGAAGCAGUGUUGUGAUAGAGUAAUGAAAAGAGAACCUGUUCAUCCCCUUGUCCCAAUGAACUUAAUGUGAACAACCUUUAACUUCUUCAAUCCCACGACCCUGAUCUCUUCCUUUGAACAACCCUAAACCUUACCCAGUGUUUCUAACCCUUAACCCCGAUCCUCCUGAUCUUAACUUCCCCCAUUAACCAACAACUUCGACCAUCUUCAGACAACAAAAACCUUUUUUCAAAUCUUUCCUAUCCUUCCCCAGUCCAACAAUCUAAUGUGGCAUCCCAAAGGUUCAGAUGCUGUUAGACGAUCCAACAAAGACUUUGUUUGAAGAAUACCCUUAAACAAACGACCCUAACUUCUCCAUCAACCUACAACUCAGUCGUCCUUAGACAACAGAAAACCCCUAACCCAAAUUUACCUUCCUCAGUCCAAAAAUCUAACGCGACCUUCCUCUUAAACCCAAAAUGGCUCAGUACAAAGUGCCGUCCGAAUUCCUGCUCUAGAUGGCGAGGGAGAUGCCUGCUGUUGUAGCAAGGGGCAAGAUGCGAUUAAUCCUAGAAAUGGGGAUAAUGGAGUCCACUUUUGGACAUUCAUUGUGUUGUACUUGGUUCAUCCCAAAAAACUUGUUGGAUUGUCGAUCUAGGAAAGUAACAAUGGCAACGUCAGAGAGGUCUUGGGGGGGCUGAGGUUUCAGACAAGCACUUCAUUUGAAGCCUUCUGGCACAUUUACACCAGCGUCCGGAACUUUCCCAUUAACCAGUGACUGUCUUUAGACAACAGAAAACAUAACAUGUCUUAACGACAGAUAGCAGUAACCUUCCCCUUGGGACGAAAUGUACCUUCCGCAGUCCACCAACAAUUUUAAGUAUUCUUCCUUCUCAACCCAAAAGGAAUCAGUAUGCUUCAAACCUAGUUUUUUCUUAUCCGAUCAGUUCAGAAGUUGGGAAAGGUGUGGGGCACUUUAUUCUCUUUAUUUGAUCUUUUAUUUGAUUUGAUUCCUACCUUCCAUAUCAGCCUACAACUUAAACCGUGUUCAUUCAAACAAAAAACAUCAACGAAACAGCCUUCCCCUAGUGACUAAAACCCAAUCUUACCUUCCCCAGUCCGCCAACAAUCUAUCGUACUCUCCCUCUUCAACCUUUAAUCAGAUGCUGUUCAACGAUCCAACAAGUACUUGAGGUUUACUGAUUCCUUUCAACCAACGUCCCUAACAUCCUAUUUGCUUAAAUGUAUUCAUUCAACAAAAAUCAGCCUUCCCCCAAUAACUAAAACCCAAACUUACCUUCCCCAGUCCAUCCUACCCUGUCCCAGUUGACCAAUAACCAAACGUCCCCAUCAACCAACAAUCCCAGUUAACUCCCCCUCCCCCCAUCUCUUUCCCCACUCGUAUCCCUGAGCUCAGGCAGAAAGGAUGCUGAGCGUCGUGUUCAGCAGGUACGGAGGACGAGGCGAACAGGCGCGGUAGCCUAACAGAUGUUUUCAGUGGUGUCGGUCAAGUGUAGUGAUUGAGUUUUCAUUCGUGAGUCAAGUGUGUCAACUGUGAGCACUAAAUGUGAAAUUGCAAUAUUGCAAUGUCAACACACACAAACUAUAUCUGGGCUGUGUUUCUUUUUUAUAGGAAAAGAUAUUCAGGUCUUCCUAGUCUUCAGAAUAAGUGCUUUCUGUUCCUGAACCUGCUGGACUGGCAUUAUCAACACAAAAAGGAAUCCUCUUUUUGAAGUGGUGAUCUUUGCAUUAUGUACAUUUCUGUUGAAUCCUGAACUGCCAAAAUGAUGUUGUAUCCAAAUUCAGCAGGGACAAGUCCACUUACUGUAUUGAAAGAUCAAAUCAUUGGCGUUGUAAGAUAUAGAUGCUACCAUUUCAGAAAUUGGAAGUCCCCAGAUUGAGACAGGAGAGCUUAUUAAACAAUAACAUUAAAGGAACUUUUUUUUCCUUGAAAUGGAGGGAUUUGUUGUAUGAACCUGCUCCUUCAGACAGAUCUCAAAGGACAAUACCACAAAUCCUGAGAUUAAAGCACAAGCUUGCUGCAUUACAAAGAAGUGCUGAAGAGCUUUUUGUAUGUUAAUAUGGAAUUAAACAGAGUAUGCAUCUCUUUGUUGUGAUGUGACUUAUCCCCACAUUGCCAAUAUUUUUCUAGGAGGAAAUACAAACCUCUGUCUGACAUUAAGGCUCAAGUCUAGUUCAUAUUUUUGGGGAGGAAUUGCUGGGCUUCUGUCUCAGAAACCCCUUCAUCCCCUCACAGUUAGACUAGUGCAUCUCUUUUCUUUCUGGAGCAUGUCUGGGCUGAAAUGUGAUGCUGUUAUUCGUUGGCUUGGUGGCUGUCAGUUCGGGUCUGUCUUUGUCUGGUGAACUGAUCAUGACUUCUGGCUUCUUGUUGGGUACGGGGCAUUAACAAACUCUGGUCUGUUCAUUAACAGUGCCUCUGGUUGUGCUGGAAUCUUUAUUUAUGUCUUUCUUUUUGCAAUAUUGGAGCGUUUUUGCUGAAAUUGUAGUCGCCUGAAAACGUAUUCACCCCCGAGUAGCGUUGAAAGUUCUGUUAUUGGUGUUCAACU